CAUGAUACCUGCGGGCACGGUGGGCAUAGUGCUCUGGAACUCCGUCCUGGCGUGGCGCUUCGGGGAUUCGUGCAUUCGUCUCGUGGGCGCGAGUGGCAUGGCGAUGGAGGUGUGCGAGUACCACCAGUUCAUGUGGUCCUACCCAAGCACGGCACCUUAUUACGGUCUCUGCGGUUUCUUUGACGGCACAUACAACAUGAUGGAUGACUUUACGGACCGUAAGAACGAAACAUUUUCGCUAAGCCCGUAUUCCAUACCUUCAUUUUCUAAUGUUUGGUUGACCGCCGAGCAGAAGAAAGCCCAAUGUCCCAGUACUCCGUCGAGGGAGGCAACAAGUCUGUGCAAGCAGAACAGCACCAAAACGGCCGAAUACACGGAGAAGUGCAAGAGCGUAAUAUUUGGACUUGAGGUGAACGGUAACAACAUCUCAUUCGCACAAGGCUCGAAUCUCAUAGAGGCGUGCGCUUUCGACCUGUGCUUGGUGAGCCAAAACACAGACGACGACCCGGAUGAGAUCUCUGCGUGGCUGGACGGGCCCGUCACAGGCUACGCGCUCCGACUCAUUGAAGAGGAAGUCGCUAAGGAAGGUUGUGAAUACGGCUCACAAGAAUAUGAAGAGGGAUUCAGAAGAGAACAAGACUGUUAUUUCUAUCGUUGUAAGCUUGGCCGAUGGAUGAAGACGAAUCAGACUGUUCCGUCAUGUUGCCCGCACAUGGGACGUCAUUACAAACAUCAUGAGAAGAUCUACAAGAGAUGUAAGGCUUACAUCUGCCUCUGUGGCGAUUGGAAACAAACGGGAGAGGGUGAUCCAAAGUGUCCAUCGCCAGAAGGGACGGAAGACAGUGAAGUAUCUGACGAGGGAGGAAGGCUCAUCGUGCAAGUUGCACAACAAGUAAAUCAGCCUUGAAAUUCACAGUGUGUUUGUUGAGUGGAAACCAGGCGCUGGUUAACGCUGCGGCUAUGUUUUAUCGACCUGGAUUCCAAUGAUUCAUUGUUUUCUUCUUUAAAACUUGACGAAAUAAUUGUGCAUUCCACGUUGCAUACAGCAUUCCCUUACCAACCGUUCUUCAAAGAUAUUGCAGUGUGAUAGUGACAUGAGAAACCCCUGGUCAAUAAUAAGAGAGUAAGGACAGAAAAGAGAAACCCACAACACUGACAAAGGAAACAAUAUUGAAACAUGAGACCGUAAAACAUUGAUGACAAAAGCAACGUAACAAUACAACACUACAUGGCUAUAUUUCAUUUCAAUUUUGCUUUCUUUUUAAUUUCACAGAUGAAUAGCUUUCAGACUGAAAGGAUAUUAAUCUAAAAAAGAAAAGAAAAAUCCUCUCAAAAAGUA